AUGGCCGCCGGCGUCCGGCGCGUUUCGCAGCCGGGGAGGCGGAGGGCCCCGAGAGGGUGCGGCAUCUCGCGAUGCAUGGGCGGGCGCGGGGAGGACGGGCACCGAUCCCACGCGCUCGCGACACCUGACGCCAAGACGACCCCCAACUCCCGAAGGAGAUAUGUGCGGGCACUUUCCCAAGGAAAAUUUUCAGUUGCUGCCAGAAACACCUCUGACGUGGACCCCGCCAGUACCUGGCACAACCCGCACGCCUGGCCGCCCCACCCAGCCGACGGCAGAGCCGCCCCAGGGCUGCAGGCUUGCAGGCUUCGGUCGGACGGCUCCCGUUCUAUGUUUCUCUGGGACGACGUGGUGGACGUGUCGCAGAACGAGCGGGGUGACGCCUUCGCGGCCACCGCCGCCGGCCUGGUGGCCUGCCUGAAGCCCAGCCAGCUGAACUGGGGCAUCCAGCCCGCAGAGGGCCCCCCGGCCGAGCCGCCCGCCCCCUGGCACGUUUACCGACCCUCCCCGCCGCCGCCCUUCGGCGUGGGAACCGUCCGCGCCGGCCACUGCGGCCGUAUCGCGGCGCUGCUGGGCCGCGGGGCGGACGCCUGCCGCCUUGGGCUGCUCGAUCUGCGGCAAGCGGGGCGCGUAGGGGAUGAGGGAGCCGACGGGGUAUCCCGUGAGCCGGCAUGCGCUUUCCGCGAGCUGGAGGGGCUGGGCGCGGACGUGGUGCAGGCCUCGUGGUUCCCGCGGUCGGACGAGCACCUGGCUGUGCUGACGCGUGACGGCAGGUUCCUGGUGUUCGACGCCGCGGACCCGUCGGAGCCGGAGCAGGCGUUCCGGCUGAGCACGGGCCCGCGGCGCGGGUGGGGGCUGGUGGGGGAGGCGCGGAGGGCCGUGGCGUUCGCCUUCGCGCCCAGGCGCCUGUGGGGCUCCUUCGCGGUGUUCUUUCUGAUGUCCGACGGGGAGGUGUUCCUGCUGUGCCCCGUGGUGCCGAUCGGCGCCAAGCUGUCCGCCGGCCUGGGUCCGGCGGUGGGCAGGACGGUCGAGGAAUGGGGACUGGGGAGGGAGGCGGAGUCGUUCUUGCAGCAGGUGAUCCCAGAAGUGGAGGAACCGACCACAGGAUCGAGGCCGCCAUCGUCUGAAACUUCCAACUCAGCUCACCAACACCAAUGCCUGUCCAAACCAAGCACAAGGCCUGGCUACGUGGUGGCCAAACCUCCAUUUUGGACAGCUUGUCCCGCCCUUCAAGGGCCCAUUAACAAGGGCGGGGACUCUGUGCUGAGUGGCAUGCGGUUUUUGAACCUGUGGGUCUCAGAGCGGGACGGGGUGACAGUGAUCACCACAGCCUCCGAAGCAGGUACCAUAUUCGUUCACCUUCUGACUCAAGAGGUGCAGCCCCUCUGGAGCGGCCAGCGGCCCCCCUCAGGGCUGGUGCCCUGCAUCAAGCAGGACACCCAAGUGGCCAUGACGCUGGUGGACGUCGUGCUGUUGGGUCAAGGCUCAUGCAGGAGGCGCGCUGUCGUGUACAGCGAUCCGGCCUGUGGCGGGAGGUUCGUAGUGUCCUGUGAGGACGCCGUGUACUUUGUUGAAAUCGGAUGGCUGGACAGUGUGGGCCUCUUGGGCCAGGAGCAUGGGAUGUGCGGCGUGGAAGAUGACCUGGACCUCCCCACAGUGAUGAAGGUACAUGAUGAGCCCCUGGGCAGGGCUGCCCUGCUGGGCUGCCUGUUUUGGCUGCACAGCACGUUGCUGCUGUGGCUGGACGAGGGGAUGAGGUUGGUGAGCGUCAAUGGCAAUGCCGUUCUGCCAGCCCUGUUCCCAGUGGAAGUGGACAUCGAACUCGAUCCUAUCGAUCUGGAAGGCCGCUCCCCUACAGCAGAUGCUGGUGGGCUGGGCCCCUCAGGGGACCCCAAGGCCGACGGCGAACCAGAGAGGCAGCCCUACUUGGAGCGGCUGGAGGAACAGCGCUCGACCGUGGAGGAUCUUUUGGAGAGGUUUGAGCUGCUCCUCGAGAAGGGUGUGCGGCAGGAAGAGCAGUGGGCGCGUAUGCGGCAGCUGAUGCAGAAUCUGGAGGCGCGGUAUGCGAUGUUGGCGGAGUGCAUUGACAUACUACACAGCCUGCCGUCCAGGGGCGAUGGGACAGUGGCACGCGAGCUGUGCAGGGUGGACGUCGACGGACUGCGCAAGCGAGUCAAUGUUGUUCAGAAAAAUGUGGGCAUCGACAAGGCACCGUUCCACCGGGAUGGCAAACUGCAUUCUACCAUGGCGAAGGACUUAAAGUCGAAAAUGAAGGACACAGGCGCAAUUUUAAAGCACAUUGCUGGUGAAUUGCAACACGUACUGGGCUGCCCAUAG